UGAGUGAGGACCAUGUCAGGACGCUGAGUGUGCUCACCUGUAUAGGUGGAGCCAUCUCUGUGUUCUUCUGCACCAUCACCUUACUGAGUCACUGCCUGCAGCAUGCGUAACACCUCUAAAGCAAACGUACACACAUACAGACGCACACAAUCUUUCUCUCUUUCAGACGGAAAUCUACUGACCAUGCCAUGCUGAUCCAUCUCCAGUUGGUGGCAUCUCUGCUGUUGCUCAACCUGCUUCUGAUGAGCAGUAUGGGUUUGGCCUUUGUGGGCCCUGCCUCUAUGGCCCCUGGCCUGUGUCCUGCCGUGGCCGCCCUGCUGCACUACUCACUGCUCUGCUGCUUCACCUGGAUGGGCCUGGAGGCCCUGCAUCUGUACAGGCUGCUGGUCCUGGUCUACAACACCUACAUGAGACACUACCUGCUGAAGCUGAGCCUGCUGGGCUGGGGUGUUCCUGCUUUGGUUGUAUCCAUAGUCGCCGCUGUCAGUACAGAUUUCUAUGGGCUGAAUAACGGAAUGUGCUGGAUCAAAGACUCUAAUGUGCAGUACGGCUCUGUUGUGGCUUACCUGAUAGUGGGCUUGCUCUUCAACGGCACCAUCUUUAUCAUCGUCAUCACAACGACGCUCCAGCUGCGCUCUGUGAUGUUGCCGCAGCAGAAGAGGCGGAGCUGCAACAUCACCUGCAGCGUUCUGGGGCUGACCUGUGCCCUGGGCCUCACCUGGGGGCUGGGCUUCUUCUCCAUGGGCUACACCAACCACGUCAUCCUAUACAUCUUCACCAUCCUCAACUCACUGCAGGGGUUCUUCCUGUUCCUGUGGAUCUGUGUUAAGAGACUGCGGGGGGCAGAGCCGAGUGCCAUGACAACUGGACAGAGCUUUAGCACCCACAUUCUCUCCGAUGGAAGCGAGGUCUGGCCCUCUUCUGGAAGAAUGAGGCAGUCAGUGCCUCCAGAGGGAGAAAUUGCUGCAAAUACAUCGAAGUUCUGACCAAAAGCUCACUUUAGUUUGCGACGCUUUAGCUCACUGAGAUGAAUGGAAGUCUACUAAUGGAAAUGAAGUACUGUGAAGGAAAUGUUUUGCUUCAGUCCUAUACAGUACAUCACAUAAUAGUUCAAUUAAUUUUAAAGCAGAUAAUCACUAAGAAAGAACGCGCGCGUUGUACUCCUAUCGUUUAAUUUCUUCCUGUUAAAAUGAGAUGCGGUUUUCUAUGCCAUGAUGUAUGCACCUUUCACCUAAAGCCUUCUAUUAUUAUUUCCCUGGGAUGGAAAGGGGGGUUGGAUUGGGGUCGGGGGUUGGGACUGUUCCCAGAGAUGAAAAUAAAGUAUGAAUUGUAAUGAUUGUACACUUGAAUUCUGUAAUAAAUAUACAUAUAUUUAAAAAAAGACUAAAUAUGUUACACUCCUAACUCAAAUGUGUC